CUCACAGUUAUGAAUAGAUACUUAUCAAUAAAACAUCUAAAAUAUUAUAUGUAUGUGUUUCAUAUUUGCACCGCCGACUGUUCUUUAUAGCCAUGUAAAAGAGAAGAGCCAAUGGUUAAUUCUGAAAACCAUAUCAACUGUCAUUGUUCUGACGGAUUCGUAGAUUAUUUCUGAAGCACUUUGGUUACCACAGUAACUGUUACUACGGCUUUGAUUUGUCAAUCGCAUAUUCAAGCAUAAUUAUUUAAUUAAAUUAGUAAAUAAAUAAAUCUCUCGUCUUAGAUUUAUUUGACUGCUUUGUUGUACGUUUUGUGUUAAGUACGAGUAAUCAGAUAGUAAGCUGCUUAAAAAAUGGUAGAGUUCACGCCUAUUCAGAUGGAAAAGUUGGUUGAACUUUUAAGACCACCGGAACCUGAAGUAUUACAGGGAGAUGACCUUACUCCUAGUGGUUACGAAAUAACUUCGUCAAGAGACCAAGUACCUCCUCCUGAAAACAGUGUGAAGGAUGUCCCGAAAACGAUAGAAGAAUUCGAAGAGCAGGAGGCGAGAGAAGCCAAUGAGUUAGAACAAGUGGGAGGUGGUCUCGGUGAUCGUAAAGUUCCCGAAUACACCAUGAAUUAUCAGCAGUCAGUUACGGCCGAAGACGUCUUCCUCCAGAUUGGCCCAAAGACUCCAUCGUCAGCUAGUUGUGAAAAUCUCAUAGUGAAAAUCAAAAUGCCGGGGGACAAAAAGGAGAAUGUCGAUUUAUCUGUGGACACAAGCAGCAUAUCCAUUAAUUCUUCACGAUAUACAUUACGAUUGCCACUACCCCAUUCUAUAAACCCCGAUGCAUCCAAAGCAAAUUGGAAUACGACAGAAGAAACGUUAAUUUUAUCUUUGAAAUUAGAGAGAGAGUUUGAUUUUGUAAACUUUUAA